AUGGGAAAUAAUCAUGAAAAAUUCUUUUCAAAAGAAAAGCGUAAAUUAUUAGUUUUAGGACUCAAUGGAGUUGGAAAGUCAACUCUUAUAAAAACACUCAACCAAGGAAAUUAUCAGGAUAAAAAGGAAGAUUUAUAAAUUGUUGACAUUAAAUUAAAAAACAUUACCCUUUGUGUUUUUGAUAUGGGAGGAAGUGAAAGAUAGAGAAUAUUUUGGAGACAAAACUUCUAUGGAAGUCAAGGAGUAAUUUACGUUAUAGAUGGCAACAUUGAUAUCUCAAAGGCAUUAUUGGAAUUAGAAAAAAUUAUAAUUGACUCUGAUCUUAAGGAUACUCCAAUCGCAGUAUUUGUAAACCAAAAUGGAAAAGACAAUCCUUUAGACAGGACAGAAGAAUUUUUAAAAAAUAAGACAAGAAAAGUAUCUGUCUUUAAAGGAAGUACAUUAGUAUAUAAGGACAUUAUGAAUUGCAUAGAGUGGCUUGGCAAAGAAAUGAAACCUAUUUGA